GCCUGCAUAUAAGCUUCUGCUGAAGGUGGGACUCUGUAGGUUUUGUGCCUUCACUGUCCCACCUGACAUGAAGACGUAAGCUCCUCACACCGUUUACGUUAAAGCUGCUUUGUGCUUUGCUCUGACUGGUCUUUUGUUUCGGGCUGCAGCGAUGAAGUGCGGUCUGAGUCUCCUGGUCCUGCUUUCAGUCUCAGCCUGGACCGAGUCCGGGGUUGUGAAGAAAGUGAGUAGUGACGAUAACGAUGAAGAUGACGGAGACCUGAAGGUCGCACAGAAGCUGGAGAAAAACAACAACAACAAUCCAGAUCAGAACAGCGCUGAGGUAACUGGUGGUGUAGCUGUGCCUCAUCUCCGCACUCCGAGGAACACCAAACCCUGCGUCCUGCGUGACUGUAUGUGGCCUAAAGCUGCCGAUGGCAAAGUUUACAUUCCUUAUGCCAUCGCUAAGCACUACACUUCUCAGGAGUUGGAUGUCAUCAAAAGAGGCCUCAACUCCUUCUCCUACUCCACCUGCAUCCGCUUCUUCCCCCGCACCAACCAGACGGACUUCCUCUACAUCCAGUCUCUGGAUGGAUGCUAUUCCUACGUGGGCCGCCGGGGAAACCUUCAGACGGUCUCUCUGAGUCGGCAGGGGUGCGUUCACUAUGGGAUGGUCCAGCACGAGCUGCUCCACGCCCUGGGAUUCAACCAUGAGCACUGCCGCUCCGACAGGGACCAGCACAUCCGGGUCCAGCUGCAGAACGUCAUCAAAGGUCAGGAAUUCAACUUCAGAAAGGUCAGCACUCUGAACCAGGAGACUCCAUAUGACUAUGGCUCUGUAAUGCACUACGGCAGACUGGCUUUCUCCAAGGACAGCCACAGCCCCACCAUGGAGGCUGUCCCAGACCCCAACAUCAAGUUCGGCUUGGCCAGGCAGAUGAGCCAGAGCGACAUCGACCGCAUCAACCUGCUGUACUGCACAAACUAGUCCUCCCUCAGCUUCUUUGACCGGUACUCAUUCGAUAUUGUGAACGUAUGUAGGAGAAAUCUGUUAUCACGGCGGGUUCAACAAGAUGCCACCACACUGCGAUGAAUCAUUUAAAAGAGCUACGCAGAUGAUCACUUACUCCUUCAAAGAUGCCUUUAAACUGACGGUAGACGCUUUUUACUUUAACGUGUUCAUUAUGAAGUGAAUGCUGACUGCACAAUAGGACGGCUAUAAAACAAAAACACCAUCAGGGUUUAGACCGGCUCCCUAUGAACCUCACUUUGACUUCAUUCUGUUUGCCACUGGGUACCAAAACUCCAGUGAAAAUGGAGGCUGACUGAUGAUCCAGUCAGGCUGGCACCAUUUCACUCUGCCUUCAGGUCUCCAUCACAGACUAAAUGAAUGAAUAAACUCACACUUUCGUCCUACCUCGCUGGUCCUGUUGUCUUUGCAACAGGGACGCCAACACUGAUACACUCAAAGGAGGGAAAACACAUGGACUGAAUACACAGGAGGCUAAUCAGGGACAGGUGAAACUUAUCAGUGACAGGAAGUGGAGGACAGAAUAUGACAUGAGAGUGAAACCUUCAGCAUAAUAAAUAAAGCACUCAUUUAACCUAUGGCUCUUAGAUGUCCCUUCAAAAACAAAACCAAAAAUGUCCUCAGUGGACAGCCUGGGGGCAGGACCGAUGGUUGGAGCAGGUCUGGAAG